AUGUUCGAAGAGGCUAUUAGACCAGUCGAAAUCGGUAAUAAAGUAUUGCCUUCAGUGAUUUGUCCUCUAUUAGCAAGUAAUCCAAAGAUUAAAAACAGUGUACAAUGCGAGGACUGUAAUCUAGUUUUCAGGUCUACAAGAGACCUAAAUAUCCAUCUAAAUUUUACAGGCAAGAUAGAAGAUUAUGCCCAACAGGCAGAAUAUCUCAAUUAUUAAAUAUAGAUUCAGGAUAUGUAGCCUCAAGUGCAUAUUUAAUUAUAUCCGGCAAGUUUGCUAACCCAGAAAAUUGACAGCAAUGCUAGGUAUAGAAGUUUCCUAUGUUUGGCGCUGUAAGGCCGAUAAAUUCUGAUCGGAAUUUAUCGGUAGGUUGCACCAAAAUCAAUGCCUUGGUCGGACCAAAAAGCGAUUUGGUCCGACGAACUUGGAAAGCUCCUGGGAAAAUGUCUGCGCUUUUAGCGCUAUAUAGAGGAAACCUCUAUAAGUAAUUCCAGCAGUUUAUGGAGCCUAGCCCUAGCCCUGCUAUCAUAAUUAGAUUAUAUCCAUGGAAAAGGGAAGCAUGGAGUUGGCUCAGUAAAGUCUAUUUAGGCCAGUUGGGCAGCUCUCUAAGAUUAAACCAGGAGUUAGGCGAGUUUCAAGUUUUCCUUUUUGUCGAGAGCAGUUAAGAAAAUCCUUGCUUUUGAAUUUUCCAUGCAGGCAGCUCACGUGCAUUAAAGAAAGUAGUCAUCCAUGACAUAAAAAAUAUCUUAUAGCAUCAUCUUAAACAUUUAGCUGUGAUCAACGCAGGCUGGCCGGUGGUCUGAAGCCCCUUACGUACAAGAAAGGUAAAAAGUUCCGUAGUCGAUAUAAAGUAAUUAAUAUAAAAACAGAAUCUCUUAAAGAUCCCAGCACAUCGUCUUCAAGUGAAUUCUUUUCACUUGGAAAAUAUUUCUGUGCUGAGUGCAAAAUUAUGUUCAAGUCUUUAAAAGGGAAAAAGCAGCAUAUAGGGAAGGUUCAUAAGACCAAAUACAAGCAUUCGAGGUGCCCGACAUGCAAUAAAAAAUUCAGAAAUAAGUAUGCAGUGAGGUUCCAUGUUAAACAAGUUCACGAUAAAUCGACUAGAGCUCGUUGCCCAAACUGCCAGAAAGAAUUUUAUAACAAAUAUCUUAUUACUUCUCACUUGGCGAAGUGCCAAGUCUAA